AUGUUUGCUCGUCUUACGUUUUAUCCUACACUUCUAUACAAUGUUUGUAUGGAAAAGAUAUCUAGUCGCCGAUGGUACGACCGUAUUGAUGAAACUGUGAUAUUAGGCGCUCUUCCAUUUAAAAAUAUGACCAACAAAUUGGUAAGCGACGAAUGCGUGAAAGGUGUUGUAUCAAUGAAUGAAAGCUAUGAGUUACUGCUGGCUAAUGAGAAAGAAGAUUGGGAAAAGCGUGGUGUUCAAUUUUUGCAGUUAAGUACUACUGAUAUAUUCGAAACUCCCUGUCAAGAUAAACUGAAACGUGGCGUAACCUUCAUCAGUUCAUUCAAAGACACAGGUGGAAGUGUAUAUGUGCAUUGUAAAGCAGGGCGUACAAGAAGUGCUACAUUAGUUGGUUGUUAUUUGAUGACUGCUAAUAGAUGGAGCCCAGAAGAAGCUGUUCAAUUUAUGAAAAAUAAGAGAUCUCACAUUUUGUUACAUUCUAAGCAGUGGGAUGCCUUACGCAAGUUUCAUGAUGAAAAUGUUAGAUGA